CACGAAGGGCAUAAUCGUCAAAUGCGCCUUCCGCCCACAGCUCAGAGGCAGUCCGGCAGCCCACUCCCUACCCGAAAGCUUCACCCGGACGCUUGCCCCCUCCGUCAUUAACCAACCCAACCUCCAAGACCGGGACCUCCCUUUCCGUCCUCUCGCGGCUCCGUUUUUACGGAAACGCCCCUCACCCACCGGCGCGCGACCGACGCCGGCGAUGCUCCGGCCGUCGAAUUCGCGGCGCCUUCUCCAGAGCAGCAGCGACAGCGGCGGCGGCGCCAUCCCGAACCCGAACCGCAUCCCGGGCAUCCCGGCCGCCGACCCGCCCGCGGCCGUGAACUCCGAUGUCGUGGUGAUCAUCGCCGCCCUGCUCUGCGCGCUCAUCUGCGUCGUGGGGCUCGCCGCCGUCGCCCGCUGCGCCCGGUCCCGGCGCAGCAGGGGCGCGGGGGCCGACGGCGCCCCGGCGUCGCCCUCGAGCAACCCGGGCGACGGCGGCGGGCACCACCACCACCACGCGCACCAGGGCGCCGGAGCGGGCGUGGCCACCACGGCCACGGCCACGACCGCGACCGCGACCGCCGCCAGCAAGGGGCUGAAGAAGAAGGAGCUGAAGGCGCUGCCGAAGCUGGCGUACGCGGACGCGGUGGCGGCGGCCGCGGCGGCGCGGGGCGCGGCGCCGGCGGCGGAGGGCGAGGAGGAGGAGGAGCUGCUGGCGGAGUGCGCCAUCUGCCUGGCGGAGUUCGGCGAGCGGGAGGAGGUGCGCGUGAUGCCGCAGUGCGGGCACGGGUUCCACGUCGCGUGCGUCGACACCUGGCUGCGCUCCAACUCCUCCUGCCCGUCCUGCCGCCGCCCCAUCGUCCUGGACGACCCGGCGCCGCCGAAGCGGUGCCUCAAGUGCGAGGCCGUCGUCCUGGAGGCCGUCCUCGCAUCCUCCUCCUCCUCGUCCGCCGCCGGCGGAGGCCGCGGCGGUGGGGGAUUCUUGCCGUAGCAUCAGCAGUAGUUGGCCGGUUGUUUGUCUGUGUCUGACGGGCGGGGCCAGGCCAGGCAGGUCCUGGGUAGUUGAGCUGCUCCCAUCAGCCCGUGAGGCCAUGACCCACAUGUCAUUAGCGCAGCGAGUAGAAGAAGAUCUCUCUUUUUGAAAGGUAGUGAAAACGAAGAAUAAAACUAGAAAGAAACUAGAAAGGACGGGGCGCGGCGUUGCCGCGCCAUUAUCAUUGGCCAGUGGUGUCUGUUUUAUAGUUUUAUAGCCCGUGAUUUUUGAUUUGGAUAUUAAUAGCUACUUCCUCCGUCCCAAAAUGUAGGUUGUUUGGAUUUUCUAGGUGCAUAGAUUUUGAUAAUUCAUUUUUACACUAAAAUACAUAUAUAGCAUCUAGUUAAAGCA